AUGUCUCAACAAGGGCCGGCGUUCGACGUCAACGCGAUGACGCUGACUCGGUGGGUGCUCCACCAACAGCGAACUGCUCCAACGGCCACCGGCGACCUGACGCAGCUCCUCAACUCCAUCCAAACUGCUGUGAAGGCCAUCCAGUCGGCCGUGAGGAAAGCCGGCAUCGCUAAACUGCACGGCAUAUCAGGAGACACCAAUGUCCAGGGCGAGCAGGUCAAGAAGUUGGACGUAUUAUCCAACGACCUUUUCAUCAACAUGCUCAAGUCUUCCUUCACCGCGUGCUUGCUGGUCUCUGAGGAGAACCCUACUGUGAUACAAGUUGAAAAUGAUAAGCGUGGUAAAUACGUGGUGUGCUUCGAUCCGCUCGACGGGUCCUCAAACAUCGACUGUCUGGUGUCCGUCGGGUCCAUCUUCUCUAUUUACAAAAAGAAGUCCGCUGGCGACCCAGUAGAAGCUGAUGCCUUACAACCUGGCAAUGAGCUGGUAGCAGCUGGUUAUGCCUUGUAUGGAUCUGCUACUAUGAUGGUCCUGUCUCUAGGCAAAGGCAAGGGAGUCAACGGAUUCAUGUACGACCCUUCCAUUGGAGAGUUCAUCUUAACCGACCCUAACAUGAGGAUACCUGAGAAGGGAAACAUCUAUUCUAUUAAUGAAGGAUACGCAGCUGAAUGGGCGGCAGGGCUUAGGCGAUACAUAGAAGAUAAGAAGAAUCCUAAGACCGGCAAGGCUUACGGAGCACGUUACGUUGGUUCCAUGGUAGCGGACGUUCAUAGGACUAUUAAAUAUGGCGGUAUCUUCAUGUACCCAGCUACAAAGUCAGCUCCGAAUGGAAAACUUCGUCUGCUUUACGAAUGCAACCCGAUGUCGUUUAUCGUGACUGAAGCUGGUGGUUUGGCCAGCAACGGCCAGAUCCCGAUCCUGGAUAUCGUUCCCACGGGCAUCCACCAACGCGCUCCCUGCUACCUCGGCUCCAAGAAAGACGUGGAGGAACUACUAUCGUAUUUGAACAACUAG